AUGGGUCUGGACAAAAGAAUCAAAUGGUCUGUUUUCAACCAAGUCUGCCUAUCUUAUUCAAGACCUUGAUCGGGCUCCCUUGUACAACAUUGUUCCGGCACUAUAGAACAAACUUUAGAACUCAAAGAUUUUGGAGCGACACAAGGUCCAUUGGUGGAGUAUCCUUUCCAAUACUCUACCCUUACGAGCCCCUCUUGCUAAGAGAAUGAGUUUUGAGGAGGUUUCCUGCCCUAUUUGUGGGGAGGCUGAGGAGACCACAGAGUACUUGUUCCUGUAUUGCAACUUUGCCUUCCACCUUUGGCGAUCUUCUCCUUGGGGGGUUAUGCAUGUUCUGGAUUCAGGAGCCUGAAUGUGGGACUGGGUUACUUUUCUAUGGAAUCUUAAAUCCAGAGGAGUUGAUACUGAUGAGUUGUUCCUCUAUGCCUCGAUUGUGGUAAAUACGAUUUGGAGGGCCCGCAACAACAAGGUACAUAGUAAAUCAAUGGGUAACAUUAAACACUAUAUUGACUCUAUUUCUUCUUGUUACACAGAUUAUGGCUCCUGCCUUCUUUCCCCUCCACAGUCUGUUGGGACUCAGGAUUGGUCUCCGUCGCCGGAAGAUUGUGUUAAAAUCAACUGCGAUGUCAAAGUCGGAGGUGAACUAUGUGUGCUGUGGCGAUUGCGAGAGACCAUAACGAAUCAGUUUUGUGGGUGGCGGCAAAAAUGCUACACUUCUCUGACCUACUCAUUGGAGAAGCUGCGGCCUGUCUUUUAGCCAUGGAGACGGCGGUCUCAUUGUAUCAUCCUUUUGUUUUGGUGGAGAGUGAUUCAGAGAUUGUUAUCAAGAACCUAAAAGGGGAUAACUCUAUUUGGGGGAUUGAGAACUAUGUGCGUCAUUGCAAGCUCCUCUCUACUUUUAUGACUAAUUGUAAUUUUUCUUGUAUAGCUAGAAACUGUAACUACGCGGCCCAUAAUGUGGCCAAAUGGGCGUUUGCCAACAAUGUUACGGGCAUGGUAGAGAUACAUACUAUACCUAUUAAUAUCUUUUAUAAUGAUCAUGAGGUCUAACUUCAAUUUUAUUUAUAAAUGCAUUUUUCAAAAAAAAAAAAUAUUUUAGAUUUAAAUAAUUAUUUUAUAUAGAGACAUAUGCAUAUAUUAAUAUUAUAUAUUUAAAAUGAAUAAAAUAUAUUAAAACUAUAAAAAAUGAGAAGUUUUGGUAAUGUAAUUUAAAAAAGUAAUGUAUGGUGUAAUUUAAAAAUAUGCUGUAAAAUAAAAAAAUAGAAUUUUUUAGUAAUAUGUUUUAAAAAUGGCUAAUUAGUAUAAUUUAGAACUUUGACAUGUAUUAAAUUAUGCCCCCUGAACAUUUUAGGCCGUUAAAAAUUCUCCCUGAACUAUUGAGAUUGUUAGAUUUAAGGACUUUUGUCUAAUUUUAGUAAAAAAAUUCUAACAUGGAUGAAAGUUCAAGGGGCAUGAUUUAGUACAUAUCAAAGUUUGAGGGACAUGAUUUGGUAGAUAUCAAAGUAUGGGGAGCAUGGUUUAGUACAUAAACAAUCACUGAAACAGUAAAAUUUAAUGAAAUUAGACAAAAGUCCUUAAAUUUAACAAUCUCAAUAGUUCGAAGGGAAUUUUUAAUGGCAAAAAAAGUUUAGGGGCACGAUUUGGUACAUGUCAAAAUUCAGGGGAAAAAAUUACUAAUUAGCCUUUAAAAAUAGAGUAAAAAAUCAGUUAAUAGUACUCUAAGUUAGAUUUCACAUGACUAAUUUUUUUUUUUUUAACAAUAAACAUUUCAUCCAAAAUAAUUAAAAAUACUUGUUCAAAAAAUAUAAAAAUAAAAAUACUUCUAAUUAUGAUCAGAUGAAAUUAUUAAUUUAUAAAAAUGCAUUCAACCCAUGUGUAUUGUGUGCUUCUUCCACAUAUCUAAUUUAUAAACGUGGAGCAUAUAUAAAAUAAAGAUAUCUAAAAGAAACUGUAUAAUACAAUAUCAUCUCACAAAAAUCCUAACUUAAUACAAUUUAAAGUUAUCGAGAAAGUAAAGACCAAAGCCAAACCAUUAGUAUCUAUAACAUGUAAAUGUAACCCAAACACAAAAAACCAACCCAAAAUUACGACUUACCUUUAAUUAACGAUAAAAAUUCCUGCGAAUCCUACAAAAAUAUUAUAGAACACAUAGAGCUAAACCAUUUAUAAUAAAAGUUAAAUUUUUUAGAAAAAUAUGAAAUAAAUAUAAUAAGAAUGACAAUUAGUGUUUUAGUGUUGACACAUGUGAAAACGAACACGAUAUCAUCAUUAAUCGUAUCGAUCCAAUUUUGACACAUAAAUUAAAGGGGUAAUUGCGGCAUAAAUACUUAAUGUUUACAAAUUUAUACACUUAAAUACCUAAAGUUUUUUUUUUAUGGCAAAACCACCUAAUGUUAUAUUUUAGUGUCUACCGUUACCACCACUCUGUUAAAGAGUUAAAACAGAGACACGUGGAUGACCAAAAUUUGUAUGGUUUUUUUUUUUUUUUUUAAAAAAAAAAAAAAAUCUAUUAGUUUGUAAGAAAAAAGCUUGAUAUAAACAUUUUAAAAAGAAACAUUAAAUUGAUUAACAAACAAAAAUCGAUAAAUAAACAUAAAAUACAAGAUUCUUUUCUUCAAAACCUAAAAAGCUCGUUCUCCCAAUUAAGAAGACGAACGAACGCCGGCAGUUGAGAAGACGAAUGAACGUGGACUGAGCUUUCCACCUUGUGCUGAGGACGUCAAAAUCGACAAGGGUGGCUUAAACUCAUGCAUCUCCGGCGGCUGCCUGGGGAAGACUCCCCUGGAUAUGACUUGGAAUAUGAGUUGUUCACAGUAAUAUUGCACCAUGGAGGAAGAUGGUACAAUCAUUUUGAAGAGAAAAAAUAUGAAGGGGGUGAGAUUGAUUAUUUUGAUUAUUGUGAUUGGCUAGAUUUCAGCAUGUCUGAAUUGGAGAAAUUUGCAGUGGCACUUGGCUAUGAUUUGCCUAUUCAACUUUGGUGGAGGCCAUAUGGGAAUUCGAUGAAAGAUGGUACACUGCUCAUUUCAGAUAAAGAGAUUAGUCUAAUGGCUUUUGAUAUGAAAAGAAGAAAAUAUAGAAAAGUUGAUAUCUUCCUAAUAGCAGUUUUAGAAAAUAGUAAUAUGAAGUCUUCUUGCACAAUUGGGGAGUUCCCUGAUGCUAAUGUGCUUGCUAAUAUUGUAGUGAAUCCACAACAUGAAACCCAAGAAGCCCAACAUGAAGAAUUGAAUGAAAAUGUCCACCAAGAAGCUAAUGAAGAUGUCCAUGAUCAAGUACAAAAGACUAGGCCUUGGAAAGGAAAGAAGAAAGUUGCCAUUGAAGAUGAUGAUGAAUUCGAAGAGGAAGAAUAUUCUCAUCACAAAGAACAUGAAAUUGAUUUAGAGAAUACUACUAAUCCAAGUAUAUGGUGGUCUUCAGUGACUGAAUUAUGCAAUGAAAAUCAUGGAGAUGAUUCUGAAGGAGUAAUAUCUGAAGAUGACUUGCACAGCUUGGAUAGCGAAGACGAAAAUAAUCCAAUUCGAAGGAGUGAGAACGAAUUCAACCCAAAGUCAAACUUUGAUGAUUUUGAGUUUAAGAGAUAUAUGCUAUUUCCUACAAUUGGCCAUCUAAGGAAUGCAUUGAAAGAGGUAUUUAUAAAAACAAAUAGACAGUACUCAUUUGUUUUCAAUGACAAACAUAGGCUCAGAGCCAAAUGCAAAGCUGAAGGAUGCAAAUGGUUUAUUUAUGCAAGAUUAGUAAGUGGGGAUAACAACACUGUUAGGGUUAACAAAUUGAAUAAUGAACAUGAUUGUGGCAUAGUCUUUGAUAACAAACUUGUCACAAGUUCUUGGUUAGCCAGUCAUUACUUGGAACAGUUUAGACUUAAUCCAAACAUGCAAUAUGAGGCCUUCAGGGAGAUGAUAUCUAAGUCUAAAUACAGUGACAUCUCAGGUUCUACAUUUUACAGGGCUAAGAAGAAAGCAAGAGAUUUGUUAAAUGGGUCGGUGAAGGAUCAAUAUGCAAUCCUUGACGAUUAUUGUAGGCAGUUGCUAGAAACAAACCCAGGAAGCACAGCUAUACUUAAAACUAGACUGAUUGAUGGGAAAAGAGUGUUUGAGAGGGUAUACAUUUGUUUGAAAGCCUGUAAAGAUGGAUUUAAUAAGGGUUGCAGGCCUCUCAUAGGAUUGGAUGGAUGUUUCUUAAAAGGCUAUUGCAAAGGUAUGUUGUUGGCUGCUGUUGGAAUAGAUCCAAACAAUUCACAGUUUCCUAUUGCUUAUGCAAUAGUUGAGAAAGAAAAUACAGAUUCUUGGACAUGGUUUCUAAAGCUAAUUGUUGAGGAUCUUAACAUUCAAAGGCCAAACAUCUUCACAAUGAUGAGCGAUAGGCAAAAGGGGUUAGAAAAAGCAUUGUCUGACUUAUGUGAAAGCUUCAACUCAGCAAUCAUGCCUGCAAGAGACCAAUCAAUAAUAACAUUGUUGGAAAAGGUUCGAUUUUGGCUUAUGUGUAGAUUUCGAAGGAAAAGGGAAAGUGUUAAGAAAUGGGUGGUUCCAGUUGAUAAACGAAUCCGUGACAUUAUUGAGAAAAAUAAGAAGGUGGCAACACACUGUAACUCUGUCCUGUCAGGAAAUGCAAAGUUUGAAGUGUCUUAUCUUGGAUCAAAGAGAUUUGUGGUUGAUUUGAAAAGCAAAACAUGCACUUGCAGAGGUUUCCAAUUGUCAGGCAUACCUUGUCCGCAUGCAUUGGCUUCUAUUAGGUCAUCGGGUUUGGAAGUCAUGGAUUAUGUUGAUGACUGGUAUAAGAAAGAUGCUCAUGUUGCUGCAUAUGCAGGGGUAAUUGAACCAAUGCCUAGUCCAGAUAUGUGGCCUGAAAUCGGUCAAAACCCAAUACUUCCACCUCCAGAGUAUAGCCUACCUGGAAGACCUAAGAAAAAAAGAAACAGAAGUAAUGAUGAACCUCCUGCUGCUGUUAUGAAUCAACCAAGGAAGAGUCAACAAAAUCAUUGCAGCAAUUGUAAGCAGACAGGACAUUCUAAAAGAACUUGUGAAGCCAAUGUUGUUACUAAGGAUAAUGCUCCAAAGAAGAGAGGCAGACCACCAAAGACUAAUCCAGAGCCUGAGACAGUGAAACGGAAUGCAAGGAGAAAGAAACAAAUUGCAAGGGAACAAGCCUCUGUAUCUCAACAACAAGAAGAUUGAAUUACUCAUGCAUGGAGAGAACUUUUUAGAUGUAUUUUGCUACCUAUGGAUAUCAUCUUCUUUAAUGUAUUUUUCUUAUUAUAAGACGCUAUCAUAUUUUGGAUGUAUUUUGGUACUAUGAGUAGCGUAAUUUUUAAUGUCUUUUUGGUUAUUGUAAGGAGCAAUGAUACUUUUGAUAUAUUUUGGUACUAUGGAUAGCAGGUUUAGUUAACAACUAAUUUUUUGAUCAA